AAUUGAUGCUCUACGUCACUCAGCCCUUCUCCACGGACCUCGAUGGAAAAAACGUGGAGCCGAUAGUGUCUGCAGAAGCUCACUUUUUACUAACGUUAGCGUCUGGUGUGAAAACUGUGCCAACCAAAUCAAUACCAGAUGACUACCUAUGGUGACCCUUGAUUGGACAAGUAGAAAGUCAACAACAACAACAGGUCUUGAUUGUGUCCGCAGGGGUCCUCACAAAACUGCCAGAUAAUCAAGGAUGGAGUACAUGCAGUCUGGCGCUACGAGCACCCAGGGAAAUAUCCUGUGCUGCACUUGUGGCGUCCCAAUUCCCCCAAACCCGGCCAAUAUGUGCGUGGCCUGUCUACGCACUCAGGUAGACAUCUCAGAAGGAAUCCCCAAGCAAGUGACAAUCCAUUUCUGCAAGCAAUGUGAACGUUACUUGCAGCCUCCAGCCACAUGGAUGCAGUGUGCUCUGGAGUCCAGGGAGCUGCUCACACUUUGUCUGAAAAAAAUUAAAGGCUCUAUGAGCAAAGUGCGACUUAUUGACGCUGGAUUCCUGUGGACAGAACCUCACUCAAAAAGGAUUAAAAUGAAGGUUACCAUACAGAAGGAGGUGAUGAACGGCGCCAUCCUACAGCAGGUCUUUGUGGUGGAGUUUGUCAUCCAGGCUCAAAUGUGUGACGACUGCCACCGCGUGGAAGCCAAGGACUUCUGGAAGGCUGUGGUUCAAGUUAGACAGAAGACUCUUCACAAAAAGACAUUCUACUAUCUGGAGCAGCUCAUCCUCAAGCAUAAGCUCCACCAGAAUGCCCUAAACAUCAAAGAAAUUCAUGAGGGCAUCGAUUUCUACUAUGGCUCCAAGCAGCACGCUCAGAAGAUGGUCGACUUCCUCCAGUGCACCGUGCCCUGCAGGUUAAAGGUGUCCCAGCGUCUCAUCUCUCACGACAUCCAUUCCAACACGUACAACUACAAGAGCACUUACUCCAUGGAGAUAGUACCCGUUUGCAAGGACAACGUGGUGUGCCUGUCGCCGCGCCUGGCGCAGAGCCUGGGGAACAUGGGUCAAGUGUGCGUGUGCGUCCGGGUCACCAGCACCAUCCACCUCAUCGACCCAAACACCUUGCAGAUUGCCGAGGUUGACGGUAGCACAUACUGGCGCCACCCCUUCAACAGCCUCUGUAACCCACGGCAACUGGAGGAGUUUAUCGUUAUGGAUAUUGACAUCAUCAGAGACCAGAAGCUGGGUGCCGGAGCUGGCAUGAGGUCUAAUAAGCACACUCUGGCUGAGUUGUGGGUACAGAAGACUUCAGAGAUGGACACGGGUCAGCAGUACCACUGCCGCACAUUCCUGGGCCACUUGCUCAACAUUGGAGACCUGGUCAUGGGGUACGACUUUGCCAAUUCUAACGUCAACGACGACUUCUUGAAUAAGAUGAACCCUCAUCAUGUACCUGAUGUGGUGCUUAUCAAGAAGAGCUUUGACCGCAGUCGCAGAGUGAAGCGCAGGAACUGGAAACUUCAGGAGAUGGCCAAAGAAACAGAGAACGUGGAUACAGAUGAUGAGAGACAAUUCCAGGACUUCCUGGAGGACCUGGAGGAGGAUGAGGCUCUGAGGAAAAAUGUUAACAUCUAUAGAGAUGCCUCAAAGAUCCCGGUGGAGAGCGACACCGAUGACGACGGCGCGCCACGCAUCUCUUUGGCGGAAAUGCUGGAGGAGCUCAGCCUCUUGGACGCCACGGGAGGCGAGGGGGACGACAUGAUAGAGUAGAUGUCGCGAGUGCUGAUAAAGCCACACCGCAAGAGAGGAGCUAAAGGAUCUCAGGUUGUGACCUUCCUGAAACAAAUGAUGUAAAAUGCAUAACUGGGCUCAUUGGAGCCUCUGCAUGCACUUUUCAAAUUAAAUAAAAUCAUCAGCUAUCAAAAAAUCA